UAUGAUCAUAAGCACUUUAGAUAUCGUGAUAACAGAUCGAUGAUCAUCCCAGUUCCUCCCAGUUGUCAUCCACCACCACCACCACCACGAAGAAGAAACCCACGUCGACAACGCUAAGAGCCAACACGGCGAGAUGCCUUUGGCUAAAGACCUUCUUCAUCCCACUAUUGAACAUGAGCGAAGACAACACAAAAAGAAAAGACUCGUUCAGAGUCCAAACUCCUAUUUCAUGGAUGUGAAGUGUCCAGGUUGCUACAAGAUCACUACUGUGUUCAGUCAUGCGCAGACUGUGGUUCUGUGUGUGGGAUGUUCCACAGUUUUGUGUCAGCCUAAAGGAGGAAAGGCCAGACUCACAGAAGGUUGUUCUUUCAGGAGGAAGCAACACUAAAAGGGAAUAUCGCUGAUAAGAGGUGUAUUGCCAAAUCCCUUGUUGAGAUGUCACUAUGCAGAGGAUUCAAAUCAUGUUGGUGAUUUUUUUUUUUUUUAAACUUGCUAUCAAAUUUGCCUUUAAUACAAUGAAUGAAUUUAAGUCAAUAAAAAGCUGGGAACAA